AAUGUCAGCUGAUGAAAACAGAACGACCAAAGCCCAACACAUUUAUUAUUAGAUGUCUACAGUGGACCACUGUCAUUGAGAGGACUUUUCACGUGGACACGCCAGAGGAGAGAGAUGAGUGGACAGAUGCGAUUCAGAUGGUGGCAGAUAAGCUCCAAAGACAGGAGGAGGAGCGGAUCCAGUGUAGCCCCACAUCGCAGAUCGACAACAUUGGGGAGGAGGAGAUGGACACCUCCACCAGUCACCAUAAACGGAAGGUAACAAUGAAUGACUUUGACUACUUAAAACUACUUGGCAAAGGCACUUUUGGUAAAGUCAUUCUUGUAAGGGAGAAAGCGAGCGGAAAAUAUUAUGCAAUGAAGAUUUUGAAGAAAGAAGUUAUAAUCGCAAAGGAUGAAGUGGCCCAUACACUUACAGAGAGCAGAGUUCUGAAGAACACCAGGCACCCUUUCUUAACUUCUUUGAAGUACUCAUUCCAAACGAAAGACCGUCUCUGCUUUGUGAUGGAAUAUGUCAAUGGAGGAGAGCUGUUUUUCCAUUUGUCGAGAGAACGGGUGUUCUCGGAAGACCGCACGCGCUUCUACGGCGCAGAGAUAGUCUCCGCCUUGGACUACCUGCACUCCGCCAAGAUUGUGUACCGAGAUCUCAAGCUGGAGAAUCUAAUGCUUGACAAAGAUGGUCACAUCAAAAUAACAGACUUUGGUCUCUGCAAAGAAGGAAUAACUGACGCUGCUACCAUGAAGACGUUCUGUGGUACACCAGAGUACUUGGCACCUGAGGUGCUGGAGGAUAAUGACUACGGCCGUGCGGUGGACUGGUGGGGUCUGGGCGUGGUCAUGUAUGAGAUGAUGUGUGGUCGCCUGCCUUUCUACAAUCAGGAUCACGAGAAGCUCUUUGAGCUCAUCCUGAUGGAGGACAUCAAGUUCCCCAGGACCCUCUCUGCAGACGCCAAGUCACUGCUGUCUGGCCUGCUCAUUAAAGACCCCAACAAGAGACUCGGUGGAGGUCCUGAUGAUGCUAAAGAAAUAAUGCGACACAGUUUUUUUGCUGGAAUCGACUGGCAGGAUGUGUAUGAUAAAAAGCUGAUACCUCCCUUCAAGCCUCAGGUGUCGUCAGAGACAGAUACCAGGUAUUUCGAUGAAGAGUUCACGGCACAGACGAUUACGAUAACUCCCCCUGAAAAAUUCGAUGAAGAUGGGAUGGACUGCAUGGACAACGAGCGAAGACCACAUUUCCCACAGUUCUCCUACUCAGCCAGUGGGCGGGAAUGA